UCCGAUGUACGUUCCUGAACAGCAGCUUGCCCAGAGUUAUUUGAACAGAGGAGACUUGCUUAUUCAGUACCUGGACAUGCCAAGGCAGUGGGCCACCCUGCUCAUCUUCCUGCAAGUAUGAAGCAAAGUGGCAUUUGGGCAAAUCGCACACAGAUUGGCACCUUGUAAAACAGGACCAUCAACAGCCUUUGCAAUCUGAAACUGGAAAUCAUCCUUUUCCCCACAUCCCACUUUUAGCAAAACAAGGCAAAUAAUCGUGCAACUUUGAGUUUUAAAGACAACUGUCGUCUGGAAGGAUUUUCAGCCAUGGACCAAGCAUCAACUCAGCUGGCAGGCAAUGCAACCAACCUCACAGAGACAGUGGGACACGCGUUGCAGUACUCCGUGUCCUCCAGCGAUGUACUCUACAAUGACUAUACACCCCCCAAGAGAGAGCUGAUCCCCUUGCCCAAGGCUGUGCUCUACCUGCUCAUGGCUGCCCUGGUGAUGGUAGCAGUGGCAUAUGCCAUCGUUGGGCAUAUCAUCAAAGAUCUCGCACAUGAUUUUGCAGAUUGUAUAUUUGGACCGAGACAACAGGCAAGUGAGACUGGCAAUGACCUCAAGUGCACCAGACCGGAAACACUCUCGUACCCUCUCCAGAAUCGGGAGGAAAUCCUAAUCCCAGCAGAGGAGACCCUGCAUCUACCUCAAGAGACGUGACUCCGGAAGCAGGAACGUGGGGAUGGAUUUACCAAAGAGGAAGCUUACAACAAAAGCCUCAUUCCGUCAGUAAUCCCAACCAAUCUUAUUCAAGUGGCAUCACCUUCAUGGAGCAAUUUUAUUCUAAUUGAUGAUUUGAGAACAAAUUCGGUCAAAUUUACUUAUGACAUUUUCACUCCUUGAAAUACAAAUAAUCCUUAAUGCAUUCCCAGAGCUAGAAGAACCCAAAUAAAUAAUUAAAUGUGCAGACACUAAAAUGACAGUAACCAUUAUACACAUAUCGUUUGGCUGCCAGACUUGUGAAUACAAUAGGACAUCAAGGACAAGGACAGAUCAAGUCAACAACCUGCCUUUUCACUGCACCCAUAUUUUAUGGAGCCAAACACCCAAGGCACUCCACAAGAGUAUUACUGGGCAGAUUUACCAGCAAAAUCUUAGUCUUUUGGUACUCUAACCACACUAGACUAGAAUCCAACCAUGUUUGCAUUAUUACUUCCUGUCUGAUUAUUCCAAACAUUUAUCACCUUUUGUAGAAAGAUGUUCUUUCACCAAGACAUUGGCUUCAAUAUUCUGCCUCAUUUAAAAUAUUUUAUUAACUUCAGUAACACUCCCCCUUUGAAUGCCUUCUCACCAGCUUGCAAAUUAGCAUUAAUUUAGGCUCUCUGCUCAUCCCCAGAACCAUUUCUGGCGACUGGUGCUAUUCUCUGCACCCACACAACACUUCAAUAUGUG